GGGUUUUCGCCGACGAGCGCGUCGUCUUCGCGGCGGUGCAUAGACGAUCGUCUUCGCUGCUGGUUUUGACAGCGGCGGGGGAGCUGGUGAGGAGGAGAGCGCAGGAUCCGUGUGGACCACAGCUUGCCGUUGCAGCGGCUGAGGGGGGACGGACACACCAGCCGGGCACGGUCCCUCUAACACACAUACAUAAACACACGCACACACACAGAUCAUCAUCUCCAGCACUCAGUGAAGGAGGAGGAUACGGCAGCAGGUUCGCAGCAGACGUAGUGUUGAUCUAGACUUCUUCAUCCCCAACUCUGUAGCUGAACCCGGGGAAAGUUUUUACACCGACGCACGCAAACAUGGACAGGAAUAGGAAGUGGGUGCCAGGCUUCGGGGCUGUGCUAUUCAUCUUCAUGAGCCACAUGACAUCAGCGCUCGAAGUGCCCCUUGAUCCAAAAGUACUGGAAGGAUUGCCCCAACCCCCCACUAUAACAGUACAGUCCCCGAAGUUUUACGUCUUCGAUCCACGGGAUAACAUCGUCAUCCACUGCGAGGCCAAGGGGAAGCCUCAACCCAGGUUUUCAUGGACGAGAAAUGGGACCCACUUUGACGUGGAGAAGGACCCCAAUGUCCUAAUAAUGCCUGGUGUGGGAACUCUGGUCAUUGAAAUCAGAGGGGAAAUGUCUGAGACCUACGAGGGAACGUACCAGUGCAUAGCUCACAAUGAGCAUGGCACUGCCUUGUCUAAUAACAUUGUCGUCAGGCAGUCCAGGUCCCCCUUAUGGUCGAAGGAGAGAAAUGUGGCUAUUGUGGUGCAGAUGGGGUUCUCCCUCGUGCUGCAGUGCCGGCCACCUGCCGGGCUGCCCCCUCCUGUCAUCUUCUGGAUGGAUAGCACUUUUCGCAGGCUGACUCAGGAUAAACGAAUAUCCCAGGCGUUGAACGGAGACUUGUACAUUUCCAACACUCUUCCAGAAGACACCAGGAAUGACUACAUUUGCUUUGCUCGCUUCCCCAGUACACAGACCAUCCAGCAGAAGCAGCCUGUGUCAGUCACUGUCCUAGAGAGCAAUCCAGAGGGGGAGCGUCCACCUGGUUUUAUGACGCCCCUUGGCGCCACCAGCACCAAGAUGGUCCUGAGGGGGGACACUCUGAAUCUAGAAUGCAUCGCUGAGGGCUUGCCCACUCCAGAUAUCACCUGGCAGAAGGAAGGGGGUGAGCUGCCGAGCAGCAGGACGUCCAUCAACAACUUCCAGAAACUGCUCAAGAUUUCUGAUGUGAGCGAAGCCGACGCCGGCGACUACCGCUGUACAGCCUCGAACAGCCUAGGCAGUGCACACCACAUCAUCAAGGUCACUGUCAAAGCCGCUCCCUUUUGGAUCAGCGCUCCCAGGAACCUGAUCCUCGCUCCAAAUGAAACGGGAAUGUUGACCUGUCGAGUAGGUGGAGAACCCAAACCUCAGAUUGAGUGGUUUAUCAACGGAGCUCCCUUAGCAAAUGCUCCAAUGGAUAUCAGCCGCAAGGUGGACAGCGACACCGUGAUCUUCAGCAAUGUGCAGUCAGGAUCCAGUGCCGUCUAUCAAUGUAAUGCAUCCAAUGAGUUCGGCUACUUGAUGGCCAAUGCAUUUGUCAGCGUUCUUGCCGAACCACCAAGGGUUCUAACUCCAUCCAACUACGAGUACCAGGUCAUCUCUAACAACCCUGCAUUACUUCACUGUGCCUCCUUUGGUUCACCAAUACCAACCAUCACGUGGUUCAAAGACAGCCACACCAGCAUUAACAAUGAUGACUCAUAUGUGAUCCAUGAGAACGGCACACUGGAAAUCCUUGUGGCCCAGCCACUAAAUAGCGGAAAGUACACUUGCAUUGCAACCAACAACCUCGGGAUCAAGGAGAACCACGUCUACCUGCGGGUUAAAGAGCCUACUCGUAUCAUAAAGCAGCCAGAGUACAGGGAGGUGCAGAAAGGAAUGAGCACUGGGUUUGAGUGCACAGUCAAACAUGACUCUUCCCUGGUUCCCACCAUGACCUGGCUCAAGGACAAUAGAGAACUGCCAGACGACAAGAGGUUCAAGGUGACCAAGGACGGCCUGACCAUCAAAGAUGUGACGGAUAAAGAUGAGGGCACUUACACCUGCAUCGUGAACACAACUCUUGAUCAAGACUCAGCCAGUGCUGUGCUGAGCAUUGUUGAGGCGACUCCUACUCCAGCCAUUGUCUACGAGCAACCUGACCCUCCGACCGAUCUGGAGCUGACUGAUCAGGCGGAAAGGAGCGUCCAGCUCACUUGGACUCCUGGAGAUGAACACAACAGUCCCACACAAAAGUUUUUGAUCCAAUACGAGGAUCUGCUCCACGAGCCACGAGUUUGGAACAACCUGACCGAAGUUCCUGGCACGAGCACCACAGUGCAGUUACACCUCUCUCCGUACGUCUAUUACUCUUUCAGAGUGCUGGCCAUGAAUCAGGUGGGCUACAGCCAGCCCAGCCAGCCCUCACACCAGUACAGAACCAACCCUGCAGCUCCUGAUGUAAAUCCAUCAGAUGUCCAGGCAGUGGGAACAGAGCCUGGCAACUUGGUCAUCUCCUGGACACCAUUGACAGGAUUCCAAUCUAACGGUCCCGGUCUGGAGUAUAGAGUGCAGUGGAAACAGAAGGACGCAGACGAGGGCUGGUCGUCCCAGAAAGUGGCCAACGUUUCUCACUUCAUCGUGUCUGGAACUCCGAUUUACGUGCCCUAUGAAAUUAAAGUUCAGGCCCUGAAUGAUUACGGCAGUGGCCCUGAACCUGAACCGGUGACUGGCUUCUCUGGAGAGGGCUUGCCUUUGUCUGCUCCUGAUAACGUGCACGUCACAGUUCACAACGGCACACUCGCAGAGGUGCACUGGGAGCCAGUAUCUUUGCCCUCGGUUCAAGGAAAACUUCAGGGGUACAAGGUUUACUACUAUCGCAAGCGUGGCUUGCACGAGGAGGAGCAAGAGGCACAUCAACUGGAGGAGAACGUUUUGUCUUUCAGUGGGAACCGUAGCGAGGGACGCCUGCCAGGCCUCCAGCCCUAUAGCGUCUACAACCUCUUCAUCAGAGUCCUCAAUAACAAAGGAGAGGGGCCUCCCAGCCCCGGCAAGACAUUUGAGACACCUGAGGGAGUACCGGGGCCUCCUUCUUUUCUCAACGCGGUCAACCCUAGUUUGGACACUCUCACUCUGGAAUGGGGCCCGCCACUGAACAACAAUGGCCGCCUUGCUGGUUACACACUCAAAUACCAACCAGUCAACACUACCAGUGAACUGGGACCAGUCAAGGUUAUGACCUUUCAAGCCAAUGAGACCACCACUACCCUGGGCAACCUGAACGCGAGCAUGCUCUACAGGUUUAAUUUAAGUGCAAGGACAAUCAAGGGCUCUGGACCCAUCAUUGUACAAGAGGCUUUCACAGCCAUGGACACAGUUCAUAUUCAGCCCACUGUAGAGGCGGGCAAAGGCCCCACAGAGCCCUCUCACCCAACUCCCCCCAUCACUCAGUCUCUGCAUUCCCCGUUUCACAAGGCGCCUCCUGUAGGCCCUGUGUUUGGCACAGUUAACACGUCUGUAUCAGAAGAGGGUGCAGUGAUCAGUUGGGAAUACUUUGGACACCAUAAGAAUGUAUAUGUGGAAUAUAUUGUAGAAAACAGUAAAGAAGACUGGAAAAAGGAGUUGGUAAACGGUUCGCACUCGCAUAUGAUUAAAGGUUUAAAGCCAGGGACGUCCUAUAGGGUGCGCGUGGUAGCUAGAGACGCGGCUGACUCGACAGUUCACAGCACAGACGAGGUGCUGGUUGCAGUUCCAGCUGUACCCAGCAGGCAGGUUGACAUCGCCACCCAGGGCUGGUUUAUUGGACUGAUGUGCGCCAUUGCCCUCCUCAUCUUGGUGCUUCUCAUAGUGUGCUUCAUCAAGAGAAACAAGGGUGGCAAAUACCCAGUGAAAGAGAAAGAAGAUGCUCACCAAGACCCCGAGAUCCAGCCAAUGAAAGAGGACGAUGGGACAUUUGGAGAGUACAGGUCAAUGGAGAGUGACACAGAGGACCACAAGCCGCUGAAAGGCAGCCGGACGCCGUCCAAUGGGACGGUGCGCCGCGAUGAGAGCGACGACAGCCUGGUGGACUACGGGGAGGGCGGGGACGGACAGUUCAACGAGGACGGCUCCUUCAUCGGCCAGUACAGCGGCAAGAAAGAGAAAGACACGCACGAAGGCAACGAGAGUUCAGAGGCCCCGUCGCCGGUCAACGCCAUGAACUCGUUUGUCUAACAACGGUUGCUACAGCCGCUCCCUGUCACCCUGGCAAAUGUGACCAUGGAGAUCGUCUCUGUGGUAACAGUUGCGAAGGUGACACCUAGUUUUACCCCGUGGUGGCUGUCACUGUGGUGGCGCCCAUGGCUACCUGUCACCAAGACUCCGGACACGUCCUCAUCUCCACACCCCGCCACCCCGCAAUCACACCGUGACCUCUGAACCUAGGAACACACACUCACCAUGGCAACGACCAACACCCCCCAUCAUGACCAUGACACAAAAGUGUGAGACGAGGAAAGCAAUAUAGAAAAGCAGAUGGAAUGUACCAGAGAAAAGGGUUUAACCACUGAGCGCGAGCGUGGCCAAGUGUGUGUGUUCGUGCCAUUUGAUCUCCUUUGCAAACACGCUAAAUAUCUAAAUAUAUAUAUUUUAUCUUAGCACAGGACAUGACCCACAGGCAGGCAUAUGCGAAUCCCAUUUGUAAACCAAUGCAUGAAGUAAAUCAAGAUUCUGUUGAGCGUUUCACCACCCAGUGUAAGCAAAAGUAAGCUGCCUGUCGAAACUGUAUGUGGUGCACACCUGCAGGCAGCUGGGUAUGCUUUUUAUCGUUUUCAAAAAGUGUUAAACGAAGUGUGACUAUAUAGACAAAAUGGCGGCGUUGUCCUGGUGGACACUCGUGUGACUCAAAGUAGAAGCUAGGAUAUGUUUCAUUUGUCUUUUACAUAGGAGAUAGAACACCAGGUAUGUCCAUUUGUUGUCACUGGGGGCCUGGCUAGAAAUGUGUUGAACUCGGUCACUCCUUCUCACACCGGCCAGAACUCCCACACUCAAUUCUAGUCGGCCUGCCUUUAGCCUCAUGUUUUGCUUCCCUUUCUUUCAAGCGUAUGCUUCAUGUCACUGAACACUAACUGAACACACGGGAGGCGUGAUUGAUUCGGUGUCAUUGUUAAGUGCUUCCACCCUGAGUUGUGGCCACUGUGCAAGCCUUUUUGUUCUGGGUGAUCAUAGUAUAAAUGCAAACCCAACAUUGUUCCCAAUAGCAUUUCCACUCGUGGAUCUGCUAAUGGCAGAAAUCUGUAUGUCACAUGUAGAGGUUUACUGAGAGUACACUCGGUAGUUUCCAGAUAUUUACAUGUUAAUGAUCAAGAAGCUCUCAGCACAGUUUCUAGUGCCUUUGUAGAGAACAGUGACCAUCCCUCUUCAUACACAAGACAGACCUGGGUUCAGUGCAGUUCAAAUUGUCCAUGAAUACAUUAUAUACAGAAUACCACCUGACAUCACUCCAAUGACGGCUUUAAAAGCUAUGUGAGCAUUACAUUUAACAUUCCCCAAUAAUGUACAUCAGGGUUCAGCUAGUGAUGAGGAUUUUGUGGAGUCUUGUAAGUAUGUAGGCUCAUUAAUUUCACAUAGCUUCUUUGAGUCUCAAUUGUUAGGUCCAGGGUUCCUACAUAAACUGUUAGCUAAAAACUGUUUUCAGUUCUACAAUGGCAUUAGUGGUGAGGACUCAUUUUCUGGGGCUGGUUUCACAAAGACACGAAAAUGAAGAAUUAUUUAUUUAUUUUUUUAAUAUAAGCCACUCAUUCUAAUGGUUUUAAGGCUGGAGGUUAUGCAUAUUUAAAAGUGUGGGCCUUACAGAUGCUAACUGUCUGCAUAGACUUCAGCUGCCAACAUCAGCUUCACAUCCGACCCAGCCCAUUUGUGAUUAAGUGCAGUCAGGAAGGCCAAGAUGGUUAUGGUAUCAGAUGUCACUUCCAUCUUUUCAGAACAUUUGGUUUACCGAGAUUCAAAGAGUACAGAGGUGGCAGCGGGCUCACGGGGUAUAGCGGCUGUCGAUCCUGCCUUAUCCCUCGUCUGUCCGUUGCAUCCUUGGGCAAGACACUUAACCCACCUUGCUCCCAGUGUGAACUCCACUGGUGUAUGAUUGCGAGUGGUCGAAGAGGCCACUUUUCUGUCAAUCUGUCCCAGGGCAGCUGUGACUAGAGGAAGUUUACCACCACCAGGUUGUGACCGUGUGGUGGAAUGAAUAAUGCAUUCAUUAUUCAAUUGCGUCAGAGCAGUUGAUGAUUAUUAUUACAACAAAUUCUUACUGAUCUGUUUUUGUGAGACCGGCCCCAGCUAUAGAUUGUUAUGGCCUUGUUGACAAUCAUGUUACCCAGCUUCCAUCAGUUCAUGUGGUGAACACACCAGCUAACAUCCAGCUAAAACCGUUACACAGGAAAUAUGUGGAAUAUUAAAACGUGUAGGAAACCUGAGGUCAUGUAUUCAUUUCAAGCAUCCUCCUCCUGACUUGUUCAUCCCGAGGAGGAGCUGCUGCUUUGCAGCACCGAACUACUGCCAACCUGCUCACCAGGUAACUGCCAAUGGGAACCAGACACUAUAGUCUUACUGGUAGCUCUCAGUGAAGCGAAGGGGUCCGAAAAUUGGGUGGUGUGAUACUGAAUGUGGAGAGUGUUUAUGUGAAUGAAAAUAUUGCUUGUUUCACUGCAAGUAGUAAACACACUGGUGACUUUGGUUUAUGCAUUUAACCUACUAUAUGUGUACGUUGUCUUGUUCUGAGUGCAGCACUCAGUGAGUUUUAUAUUACUGUAAAUGAAUGAAGCUUAUGUGUGAAUGUUUGGGUGCAUGAAUGUGUGUGUGUGUGUGUGUGCAGCACAUGCAUGCUACUGUGUAAUGGCGUGCGUGAUGUAUUACUUUGUAUUUCCAUUGACAACAGUCUAUAAUUCUGACAUGUGUCAAGCAGUCUGCUCCUACUCAGCGGGAAACACAAGACUUUAAUAUCAAUUUCCAUGUUUUAUCAUGACUUGCAUCAAGUUUUUAGGUUGCGAUGUGUCUGCUUUCCACGUGUAGAUAUUUUUGUUGUAUUUUUGUAAAUAAUGGAUUGAGCUGAGCGCAGAUGUGUUGAGGCUGGAGGUGGGAGCUUGACCUCUGUCGACCCCCGUCGCAUUAUGGGUAGGGGGGUUGCAAAAUGGCGUGUGAGAUGAGACUAUUUACUGUUUUCACUCUCAUUUGAUGUGGAAUUAUUUUAUUUUUGUCAGAUGGAUUCACUAGGUCAAAUGUUUCAGCCUACCGGGCAUCAAAGGAGAUUAUUUAACUUGUGACUGAGCUCUUGUGUCACCUUGUAUUGUUUCUGUCCCUGACAGUUCAUGCACAUUUUCCAUAUUUUUUAUAAAAACACACACACCGUUUAAAUUCUCUUUCCAUAUUCAUCUAAUUUAGGACAACAUAUGCAGCAUGCUGGAGAACGAUUGUCCUAAACUAAAUGAAAAAACAAACAAACUGACCUGUCCUUUUGAGAGUGUGCGUUUAGGAAAAAAAAUAAAUAAAAAAAUUGCAACAAAAAAAUCUAAUUGGGAGCAUAUGAAAGGACAGCCGGCAUGGAUACAUAGGGGGACUGGCAAAUGUGAGUGUGAAUACCUUGGAAGCGAUGUUCCAGUUACUGGUGAACGUACAGUAGGAUACACAGUAUAUGAUAUGAUAUGAUAUAAUAUGACAUUCUGGUUAAUGUUGAAGCUACAUGAGAAGCAUGAAUGGCUGUCAAAAGGGUUUACUCGACCAUAUAAUAUUGCAAAAUAUUUUGUAUUUUAAAUGAAGUUUAAAAAAUGAAAUAAAUGUUGGUUUCAGGAUUUCAAA